CAAAUUAAUUACAACUAAUAAUAAGCAUACAAGUCUAUAACUAAUCAGCAGCAGGUGUAGAACAAGCCAUUGACUUGGUAAAGGUAGACCCUGUAUGCACACCCUCCACAUACAUUCCUUUGAUAAUUCCCUGGAAGACCCUGAAUUUCUUAAACCACCAAAAUGAUUAGAAACAAACAUGCAGUAUCUUCAGAAAAUCAUCACCACACCAUCAAGAUUUGGGAAGUAAACGAAGCUCGAUUAGCCUCUAUGCAACAAAAAAUAGUGGAAACUAAGCCUACCCUGCUAAGCAAGUCGGCUGGUAGUAGCACUUGUUCGAUUUUUCGUGUACCUCAGAGCUUCAUUGACAUCAACGGCAGAUGCUACCAGCCUCACAUAGUAUCCAUAGGCCCGUAUCACCAUGGCGAGCCUCAUCUGAAGAUGAUUGAAGAGCAUAAGUGGAGAUUUUUAGGCACGUUGUUGCAUCGAACAGAGAGGAAAGGAUUGAGCCUGGAGGAUUAUUUGAAGGCGAUUCAACCUCUUGAGUCGGAAGCCCGGGAGUGUUACUCUGAAGUUGUGAAAUUUGGUACUGAUGAGUUUAUAGAAAUGAUGGUUCUUGAUGGUUGUUUUAUAAUUGAGCUGUUCAGGAAGCUUGGAGAUUUGUAUCCAUUCGAGCCUGAUGAUCCGCUGAUUUCAAUGUCUUGGGUGUAUUCGUUUUUCUUGAGAGAUCUUCUUCGACUGGAGAAUCAAAUCCCCUUUUUCAUACUCCAACGCUUGUUUGAUCUAUCCACAUUGCCUGAAGAAGAAUCAGGCAAAUCUCUUGCUGAACUAGCUCUGAAUUUUUUCAACAGUGCUUUGCAAAGACCUGAUGAAGUCCUUGACCAGCAUAAGAACUUGGUGGGAAAACACUUGCUUGAUUUUGUCCGAGCAAGUCUGAUUCCACCUGGUGAUCCAGACCAUAUGCAUUACAACAAUCCAAGCCAUGUGAUUCAUUGUGUAUCAAAACUUCGUCGAGCAGGUAUUAAACUCAAACCUGGAAAGUCCACAAGUUUUCUGGUGAUAAAGUUUAGUCACGGUGUGCUGGAAAUGCCAUCUAUUUCAAUGGACGAUUUCAUGAGCUCCUUCUUGAUAAAUUGCGUGGCUUAUGAACAAUGCCACAAGAGCUGUUCUAAGCACAUGACAACUUAUACGACGAUGUUGGAUUGCCUCAUAAACACGUCUAAGGAUGUUGAGUAUUUAUGGGACCACGACAUCGUGGAGAAUUUUUAUGGAACUGAUUCUGAGCUCGCUAGACUGAUCAACAACAUGGGGAAGGAUGUAACAUUAGAUAUAGAUCGAUGUUACUUGGCCAAAGUAUUCAACGACGUGAAUCAAUAUUACAGGAAUAACUGGCAUGUGACUUGGGCAAGUUUUCAGUAUACUUACUUUGCUACUCCAUGGUCAUUUAUAUCAGCUUUUGCUGCUCUGGUUCUGCUCAUCCUCACCAUUAUUCAGACUUUUUACACCGUCCUCUCUUUUGUUGACGGUAUGAGUAAACCAUGAUAUCGAAUAUCUAUAUACACCUGCAAAAGAGAAAUUCGGGAUUCCCCAACAUUUUGUACAUCUGUUUAUCUAAAAAAAUAGCAUUUUCUA